GACUGGCCACAGACGUGCAGACGGUUGCCCAGAGACUGAAGUUCAGGCUGAAUCUCUACGAGCUGAAGGAAGGCAGGCAGAUCAAACCUCAGACUUUUAUGAGCAUGGUUUCCAAUCUGCUGUAUGAGAGACGGUUUGGACCUUACUACACAGAACCAGUCAUUGCCGGGCUGGACCCCAUAACACACGAACCUUUCAUCUGCUCUCUAGACCUGAUCGGCUGCCCGAUGAUAACCGAUGACUUUGUGGUCAGCGGCACCUGCUCCGAGCAGAUGUACGGCAUGUGUGAGUCCCUCUGGGAGCCCGACAUGGAACCCGAUCACCUCUUCGAAACAAUCUCGCAGGCCAUGUUGAAUGCAGUGGACAGAGAUGCCAUAUCUGGAAUGGGCGUGGUAGUACACAUAAUUGAAAAAGACAAGAUCACCACCAGGACCCUGAAAGCUCGCAUGGACUAGCCCAGCACAUCUGCUCAUGUCUUUCACAUCCCAGUCUGCUUGGAACUUUUUUAAAUAAAACUCUCUAAUGUAG